AUGUCGCAUCGGGGCGAGACUCUUCACAAAGAUGUGUGCUGCAUUGCUGACCUGAAGGAGCUGGGGAGUAAAAGGCUCUCUCCCAUGGUCCGGGACUACUAUAAUGAAGGAGCUAUGGAUUUGAUUACUCUGCGCGAAAACGAAACCGCUUUCGAUCGCUACAAGAUCCGACCACGAAUUUUGGUCAACGUCGAUAAUGUCGACACCAGCACAGAGGUGCUUGACACUAAGGUCAAUCUUCCCUUCGGCUUCAGCCCUGCCGCCUCACACAAACUAGCACACCCAGAUGGAGAACUGGCGACAUCUCGCGCGGCCGCCAAAUAUGGAAUUUGCAUGGGCUUGUCAUCCUAUGCGACAUACCCUCUGGAAGACGUUGCCGCGCAGGGUCUGGGCAAUCCGUAUUUCAUGCAGAUGUGUGUGUUGAAAGAUCGUUCAAUCACAUUGCAGUUGCUAGAUCGCGCAGAGAAGGCCGGAUACAAGGCGCUUUUUCUGUCGGUGGACGUACCCGUGCUAGGCAAGCGACUGAAUGAAUAUCGCAACGAAUUCCGCAUCCCAGAGGAUAUGGAGUAUCCCAACAUCCUCAGCAGCGGUUCCGACGUCUCAGAUCGCACUAACUAUGACCCUAGUCUAGACUGGGAGAGCGCAAUUUCAUGGCUCCGAGAACAUACAUCGCUGAAAGUUUGGCUGAAAGGAGUUUGUUCCCCUGAGGACGUUGAGCUUGCGAUUCAGUACGGGGUCGACGGUAUCGUUAUUUCCAACCAUGGUGGUCGUCAACUAGAUGGCCUUCCAGCGACGCUUGAUGCACUAAGAGUGUGCGCUCCUGUUGCCAAGGGACGGGUACCCAUCACUAUUGAUGGUGGCAUUCGUCGCGGGUCAGAUAUCUUCAAGGCGCUAGCUCUUGGGGCUAGCUAUUGCUUCCUGGGGAGGAUCCCCAUUUGGGGCCUGGCUUAUGACGGCCAAGAAGGAGUGGAGCUGGCGAUCAAGAUCUUGCGCCAAGAGCUGAUGAUCACGAUGGCACUUGCUGGAUGCCGCACCAUCAACGACAUCCAAAAAUGCUAUUUGUCGGUGCUGCACCCUGACGGCAUUCUUGCCAAGCUGUAA